GUAUGAUCCUGUAUGUGGCUCUAACUGGGAGCUAGAACAGAGAUCUCAAGUGUGUUACAUGUUUUACCUUCACCCAUCCACCUGGUCAUCUGCGAGAAGUUUCUGCCGGUCACUUGGAGGAGAAUUACUCAGUAUAAACAACUUGAAGGAAUAUUACUAUAUAUUAGGUAGACUGUCGGGAAUGAAGAAUUCUGGGAGCUUUUGGAUUGGAGGAUAUGAUGAGAGUGACGAGGGAGGAUGGGCGUGGUCAGAUGACUCUCCGUUUAGUUUCUUCAACUUUAAACGAGGAGAACCAAAUGGAAAAAGUGGUGGUCAGGAGAACUGCAUCGCCAUGUUUUCUCCAGGAGCCAAGUGGUUUGAUGAUUUAUGUUCCAAUACACGCAGUUCUAUAUGCAAGAAAAGAGUCAGAAAUGACACAAGUAACCUUCCGCCGACAUCUCCUCCAUUUCCUUCUGGCAAUAAAGUGUAUGGCUGUCCUGGAGAAGAAUGGUCCGACUAUCGAUUAUCAUGCUAUUUUGUUGCAAGGAACAAAACGUCUUGGACAGAGGCUCAGACCUAUUGUAGGUCUGCAGGGGGAGAAUUGGCGUCCAUUCAUGAUGAGGGGGAGCAGGCUUUUGUGUACAGCCUAUUGCCAAAGUCUCACUGCUACAAUCUUCACAGCUCUGAAAACAACUGUGACUUCUGGGCCAAAAAUGGCGAGUGUGACAAGAAUCCAUUGUGGAUGGCCAACAACUGCCAGCGUUCCUGUCAGCGAUGUAUGGCGGAUUGCCGGGAUACUUAUGGAACAACAGAGUGUCAGCAUUGGGCAAAGUCCGGGGAAUGUAUCAAAAACUACAAAUGGAUGCUCCAGAACUGUGCUCUCUCAUGUGGCAUCUGCGAUUCAGCGAUAUAUGGUGGUUUUUGGAUUGGAUUUCAUGACAAAAAGGAAGAGAUGUCGUUUGAGUGGUCUGAUAGAAUGAAAGUGACUUAUACAACAUGGGCUGACAAAGAACCAAACAACAUGGGGCGGAGUGGUCAGGACUGUGUCAUGAUGAAGCUAGUGGAUGGUAGAUGGGUUGAUUUUGAUUGCAAUGAAAAGAUGCCUGGCUUUGUGUGUAAGACUGCCAAGAAGUUGGUUCCUAAAGCAACUGUGUCACCGCUUUCCAUUGGUUGUUCAAAUGGAAGUGUUGGGUACAACGCAUUUUGCUAUGGAUUUUAUGAAACUAACAUGACGUGGAAUGAGGCAGAACUAUUUUGUGGGAAUAGGAGUGGACACUUGGCAACUGUAAACGACAGAUACAUUCAAUCCUUUGUUGCCAGUCAUAUAGUAGGAAGAAAAGGAAAUUUUUGGGUUGGACUUACACAGAGUUACGACACUGGCAUAGUUGAGUCCUGGACAAGUGGUCAGAGUGUCGGAUUUACAUACUGGGCAAACCAACACACAGGUAAAAUAGAGGAAGAUGGGUUCUGUGUUUCUAUGUCGGCUGAGCAUCCUGUUGGCUUAUGGUAUACUUUUAAUUGUUCUAACCGUAAUCCGUUUAUUUGCGAAUUCCCAAGAGAGGGUUUCACAACCCCUACUACAUCCCAACCUACCACCACCAUGACCAAACCUUGUGAAACGGGAUGGAGUGAAUAUGAGGGAAACUGCUACAAGAAUUUCCCAAAAGAGAACUGGAUGAAUGCCAGAGACUCCUGUAGAAGGAUGGGGGCUGAAUUGACAAGCAUUCAUUCCUAUGAAGAGAACCAGUUUCUUUUUUACAAAUUUAUUGAGUAUAUCGAUCCCAGCUGGAUAGGGUUAAAUGACAGGGACUCGGAGAGAGGUUUUUCAUGGGUAGAUGGGAGUCCUGUAGAUUUUACCAGCUGGGGAGAUUCUGAGCCUAAUGACUUCUAUAACAACGAAGAUUGUGUAGCUUUUUAUAACACGUGGACAGCAGAUUGGAAUGAUUGGAACUGCCAAACCAUGUACAACUACAUCUGUAAAAUUCCAAAAGGCAUGCCUGUUUUAAAUGUAGACAAUUAUACUAUACCAGAGCCAGAGCCUUGCGUUGACAGUAGAUUUGUGUAUAUCGACGGAUUAUGUUACUUCUUUGAUACUUCAAAAAUUAAGAGGACGUGGUACGAAUCCGAGGAAGUUUGUAACAAUAUGAACGCCAGUUUGGCCACAAUCACCUCUGAAUAUCAACAUGAUGUACUCUUUUAUUAUCUACAGAAAAAGGAGCAAGAUGACUCUUUUUGGAUAGGAUUAAACAAUAUUGAUCAUGAGGGGUGGAGAUGGUCUGAUGGUACAAAAGUAAUCAGCUUUGUUGGUUGGGCUACAAGUGAACCAGUCGAAAUCCCUACUAAGCGAUGUGUCUAUGAAUGGCCAGAUUCAAGUCGCUGGUAUACAAGUAAUUGCAAUGUGAAAUUGAGUGGUUUAGUUUGUAUGAAGAAGAAUGCCUCCUACGAGGUUGUCACCACACCAACCACACCCAUGCAACCCUGGGGUUGUCCAUCAGGCUUUAUAGAAUCUCAGAUAAAUAACAAAUGUUACAAAAUAGUUCAGUACUCAACAUUAAGCUUUAAUGAAGCGAAGCAGGCGUGUAGCAAACUAGGAAAGGACUUUUUCCUUGUUUCAAUUCAUUCAGCGAUUGAAAAUGCUUUCAUAGCGCUUCAGCUCGAUACCACGAAAUCAACAAAUCUGUGGAUUGGUCUUAGCGAUGAAACCUUUGAAUCCCAGUUUAUUUGGCUGGACAAUUCUCGGGUAGACUUCACCAACUGGGAUGAAGGGGAACCAAACUCAUAUACUGAAAACUGUGCGGAGAUGAUUGCUUACGGUGACGGUGUUGGGAGGUGGAACGAUGUGCCCUGUUCUGUAAGAAGGAGCUACAUCUGUCAGACAAACAAAGCUUUGAGAUAUCCAACUCAAGCUACACUAGUGUCAGGGUGUCCAAGUGAUUACACCAGCAGUGCUGGCAGCUGUUUCCGCGUGAUUGAAUCUGCCAUGGACUUUGAUGCGGCUCAGGCUACCUGCCAGGUAGAUGGUGCAAACCUGGCUUCUAUAAACUCUGCAUAUGAACAAAUGUCAAUUGAAAUAAUUAGCAAAAAUAUUGCUGGAGCCUUAUGGAUUGGAUUGAGGCAUCGGGACGAUGUACAUUUUUGGUUAGAUGGCUGGCCAUACACUUACUCCAAAUGGGCAGCUAAUGAACCAAGUUUAAAACCAGGCGAGAAUUGUACCGUGUUACUAAAUACGGAGUGGAAGGACACACAGUGUGAUCUUAAGUAUCCUGCCAUCUGCAAAUACACAUCAGAGAAGCCCCCUACCACCCCUCUUCCGGGUAAAUGUCCCAUCGACAGCUCCAAAUUUCAGAGAAACUGUUACUUUGUGGAACCUAAGGGAAGAAAAACACGACCCGAAGCCAAAGCCUCAUGUAUUGCUCGAAACAUGACUCUAGUGACAUUUAGAAACAUACAGGAGGUGGAACAUGUUCGCCAGCUUUCCAAUUCUAAAGGAGGCAACAGCAAGACCCGCUUGUGGAUAGGCUUAUCCAGGAGCAGUUCAAGUGGGGGAGAGGAUGAGGAUUAUUAUUAUGAUUUCUCAUAUGGACGAGGUUCGGAUGCAGAGUUUGUGUGGGAUGAUGACCCUUCAAAUACAUUUGAGAACUGGAACAGAGAUGAACCGUCUGGGUCCUGGGGACAUGAAUCCGAAACAUGCGUAGAAAUGUUAGAUACAGGAAAGUUCAACGAUAUCAAUUGUGAUAAUUAUUACAAGGGAUAUGCCUGUUAUGGUCCUGAACAGUUUGGAACAACUUUACCCAUGACAAAGUCUUCUACUCUCUCUUCUUCUCCACUAUAUACAACUCAAUCUCAGCACAGUUCGGCAGGUAAAUCAUCUUAUGAUGUCAAAAAGUUGUCACCACAGCCAUCAGUAUCAACUUCCGCUGUGUCAGAUAACACAAUCAGCACUAGUACAGAUCAGCCAGUGAAAUCACCUAGUAAAACAGGCAAAUUACCAAGUAGAAAGAUAAAAUUAGAACGCAGUGCCUCUGAUGGACUGACAGCGGGACAAAUUAUAGGCAUAUUGAUUGGAACGGUUACAUUACUGAUCAUUAUUAUUGUGAUAUUAUUGGUUAGCAGACAUUAUCUGCGGACAGGAAAAUAUGGUGCCAGUGAUGAUCAUGGAUUUACUAACGCCAUGUAUCUAAAGACUGUGGAAUCGGUCUCUGUAUCAGGUGAAGGGGCUCUGAAGAAUAAUUCUUAACUCCAUAAAAGGAACAAUGGCUCUUGUCGUCAAUCAUUUACAUCUAAUCAUGUGGAUGUAUUAGUCUUAGUGAAAAUUGAUGAACAUUUGUACGAAAAUCAAUAAUGUUAUUUACUUUUUCACUUGCCUAAAUCAUUUUGUAAAGAAAGGUUUCCUUUCCAUCAACAUCGUCAAAGGAAGCUCCGCUAACACAAAUUUCUGACAUAUCUGUACAUACUAGUAUUUUAUUCUGAACACAAAUUUCUGAUUUAUCUGUACAUAAGUAAUAGUAUUGUAUUCUGGUCAUAUUUGCGAGUUAUAAUUAAAAAUAGAAAUUAAUGUGUGAAAAGAGGAUUCUUAUAUAUAUUUUCUGUUUUCUUAAUAUGUCAUUUUAAACACUUAUCUAAUAAUUUCAUAAUCCUCAUUUUUAUCGUUUUUUUUUUAAAUCUUUGAGUUCCUUAAUAAAUGUUUAUUUUUACAAUUGAAUUGUUUUUCAUCACCCGAGUGUAAAAAAGACUUUAAAAUGUAAAAAAAAAAAAUCCUUUUCAUUAAAUUACAACUCGCACUAACGCAAAUUAAUUAUAUAUCUGUACAUGUAUUGUAUUCUGAACAUGCUUGCGAAUCAUAAUUAAAAUGAAUAUUAUUGUGUGAAAAUCAGCAUUCGUAUUUAGUUUUCCAUUUUCUUAACGUUAUUUAAAUCAAUUAUUUCCAAUCCACAUUUUAUAUCGUUUUUAGCCCAUCUAAGCCGAAGACUCAAGUGAGCUGUUCUGUCUGUCGUUGUCGGCGUCGUUGUCGUUAACUUUUCACAAUUUCAUCUUCUUCUCCAGAACUUAUUGGCCAAUUUCAACCAAACUUGGCACAUAGUAUUCUUGGGUAAAGAAGACAAUUUUUUUUAAAUUAAGGGCCACGCCUUCUUCCAAGGGGAGAUAAUAAAUUAACGGCAUCUUUUUAAAAAAUUCUUCUCAGGAACCACUUGGUUAGCAAAAUAUGAAACUUAUAUGGAAUCAUCCACAGAAAGUGUAAGUUCAAGUUUGUUUAAAUCAUGACCCCGUAGAUAGAGUGGGGCCACAAUAGGUGUUCAAGGUUUUACAUAGGAAUACAUAGAAAAAAUCUUUAAAAAUCUUCUUCUCAAGAACAGCUAAGCCAUGAUUGAUCAUAUUGAUAUGGAAGCAUCCUAAGGUAGUGUAGAAUCAAGUCUGUUCAAAUCAUGACCCCUCAGGAGUUAAGAGGGUCCCCAACAGGGAUUAUAGUUAUAAAAAGGAAUAUAAUGGAUAAAUUAAUAAAAAAAAUCUUCUCAAUAAUAGCAAGGCCAUGAUUAGUCAUAUUAAUUCAAAAGCAUCUUUAGUUAGUGUAGAUUCAAGUGUGUUCAAAUUUUAUCCCCGGGUUAAGUGCAAGGCCACAAUAGAAGAAAAAUACUUGAAAAAUCUACUUAAGCCAUGAUAAGUCAAAGAAAUAUGAAAGUUUCCUCAGGUAGUGUAGAUUCAAGUUUGUUCAAAUGUUCCCCCGACCACUUUAAUAUUUAAACUUUUCAAUACUGAACUGAUUUCCUAGCGAAAGCGUUCAGGUGAGCGAUGUUGCCCAUGGGCCUCUUGUUUGUCUUUGAAUUCCUGAUUUAAUGUAAAUCUUUAUUAUUAUUAUUAUUAUUUUUUUUUACAAAUGAAUUAUAUGUAUCUCUUGUAUGUAAGAAAAAGAUAAAAAUUAAGAAGAAUAUUGAAAGAUAUUAUAAUCUGUAAUUUGUAUAUUAAGAGAAAAAAGAAUAUUCAAAUAUUAACUGAUGGUAACUUUAAUUGACUUCUAUCCAUAAAAGCGAAAUUCAAUGACCUAACCGAAUUGAAUUGCCGUUACCCAUACUGUAAUUUAAUGAUUUUUUAUUAAAAAAUUAAAAUAAGAAUACGA